UAGUUCGUAGUUUUACCCAGUUUUACCGCAACUCGUUGGGUGGAAACGUGUUUUGUGAGUUCGCAUUUUGUUUCGUAAUUUGAAUCCACGACUACCUUCAUAUUUACACAACGAUUGUCUCCUAAUUAAGAAGAAUGUCUAGCAAACCCGCGUUCAAAGUUGCCGACUUGUCUCUGGCGGAAUGGGGCCGAAAAGAAAUUACCAUGGCGGAAAACGAGAUGCCAGGGUUGAUGGCCGUCAGGAAAAAAUACGGUCCUGAAAAAAUUUUAAAAGGUGCACGAAUCGCCGGUUGUCUGCACAUGACAGUACAAACCGCGGUUCUCAUUGAAACUCUUGUCGAACUUGGAGCCGAGGUUCAAUGGUCAUCGUGUAAUAUAUUCAGUACACAAGAUCAUGCGGCUGCAGCUAUUGCAAAAACGGGGGUUCCUGUAUAUGCAUGGAAGGGUGAAACAGAUGAGGAGUACAUCUGGUGCAUAGAGCAAACCCUUGUCUUCAAAGAUGGCAAACCUUUGAAUCUCAUUCUUGAUGAUGGUGGUGACCUGACUAACUUAGUUCACACCAAGUUUCCAGAAUAUUUAAAGGAAUGUCGUGGCAUUUCCGAGGAGACCACCACGGGAGUGCAUAAUCUCUAUCGCAUGAUGAAAGAGGGAAAACUUAAAGUCCCUGUGAUCAACGUCAAUGAUUCAGUAACGAAGAGUAAGUUCGACAAUCUGUAUGGAUGCAGAGAAUCGUUAAUCGAUGGUAUUAAACGAGCAACGGACGUUAUGAUUGCUGGCAAAGUCUGCGUGGUCGCUGGUUACGGAGAUGUUGGUAAAGGUUGUGCGCAGAGUCUCAGAGCACUGGGUGGUCGUGUUCUAAUCACAGAAAUUGAUCCCAUUAAUGCGCUGCAAGCAGCUAUGGAGGGAUACGAGGUAACCACAAUGGAAGAAGCAUCGACCAAAGGACAGAUAUAUGUCACAACUACUGGAUGCAAAGACAUUAUAUUAGGCCAUCAUUUUGUGAAUAUGCCAGAGGAUGCUAUUGUUUGCAAUAUCGGUCACUUCGACUGUGAGUUAGACGUCAAUUGGCUUGAGAAGAAUGCAGUUGAAAAAGUCAACAUUAAGCCCCAAGUAGAUAGAUAUCAGUUGAAGAAUGGCAGACACAUCAUACUCCUCGCAGAGGGUCGUUUAGUUAAUCUUGGAUGCGCGACGGGACACUCAAGUUUUGUAAUGAGCAAUUCUUUCACGAAUCAAGUGUUGGCACAAAUAGAAUUGUGGACAAAGUCAGAAUCCUAUCCGAUCGGCGUUCAUAUGUUGCCGAAGAAAUUGGAUGAAGAGGUUGCAGCAUUACAUUUGAAUCAUCUUGGCGUCAAACUAACUAAACUAUCAGAAGAACAGGCCAAAUACCUCGGUGUACCUGUGGAAGGACCUUACAAGGCUGAUCAUUAUCGAUAUUAAACAUUGUCAAAUGUCCAAAGGCUUCUUAUGUACUUCUAUAAAAACGCAACGAUAGUGAUUCAAAUUAAAUUCUAAAAAAAAAAACACUUAAAAUACAAUGAUAAACAGUGGUCGAACACGCAACUUCAUUUAUUUAUAUUUUAAUACAACGGACUAAAAUUUUUUUAUAUAUUUUUUGUUGUCAAUAAAUAAACUGAAUUGCUUGUUAGACCACUAUUCGGCGUUUUACUCGUAAAUUGUCAUUUUUAAUUUUCCGGUCGAUUCAUUUGUUAAUUUUAUUCUGAACAUCGAAAGUUUUCUGUACAUACGUCCGGUAGUUAUGUAAUUAACAUUUUCAAAUAAAUUCAAUUUGUUCACGA